AAAGCACCUGUCACGCUGGAGGUGAUCGUCACAGAAGCGCUAAUUGCGCACGUAGACAGUACGGCCGUACUUGUGAGCCUCGGCAACACGAUGGAGAUGGAGCAUUUCGACGAGCGGGACAAAGGUCAGCGACACGGCCGGUCCAGUGCGAAGAUGAACGGCGUGCCGAGUCCAACGCACAGUGCCCACUGCACCAUGUACCGGACCCGCACCCUGAAGACUCUGACCACCGAGAAGAGAGCCAAGAAGGUCCGUUUCUACCGCAACGGAGACCGGUACUUCAACGGGAUAGUAUACGCCAUCUCCACAGACCGGUUCCGGACCUUUGACGCCCUGCUGGCGGACCUGACCCGCUCUCUGUCCGACAAGGUCAACCUGCCACAGGGCGUCCGGACCAUCUACACCCUGGAUGGCUGCAAGAAGAUCACCAGCAUUGAGCAGCUGGUAGAAGGUGACAGCUAUGUGUGCAGCUCUAUCGAAGCUUACAAAAAGUUGGAUUACACAAAAAACGUCAACCCAAACUGGUCUGUAAAUGUCAAGGCCUCGGCUGCAUCCUCCCGCGGGCCUCCCUCUCUGGGCAGCGCCAAGGCCGGUGGCCCAGAAAGCCGUGAAAUGAAGGACUUCAUACGCCCGAAGCUCGUGACAGUGGUGCGGAGCGGGGUGAAGCCCCGCAAAGCUGUGAGGAUCCUUCUGAACAAGAAGACGGCCCAUUCCUAUGAACAAGUCCUGACCGACAUCACCGAUGCCAUCAAGCUUGACUCCGGAGUGGUGAAGAAGAUCUACACGCUGGAGGGCAAACUGGUGUCGUGUCUCCAAGACUUCUUUGGCGAUGAGGACAUUUUUGUAGCGUGUGGACCGGAGAAGUUCCGCUACCAAGAAGACUUGAUGUUGGAUGAGAGUGAGUGUCGUGUGAUGAAAUCAGUGACCUAUGGGAAGAUGUCUGCCUCUCUGAGCCGAGGCUCCCCCAGGACUGUCCUCCAAUCACAACGCAGCAAGUCCCCUGCAUCCACAAGGUCUUUGAACGGGACGCCGGCCAGUCCGCUGUCAACUCCUCAUUCGGGAAAAUCUCCCAGCCCCUCCCCGACCAGCCCAGGCAGCCUCAGCCGAUGCCAGGGGUCCGAGGGUUCUUCCACCUCUCUGUCUUCCACUAACGUUUCCAGCUCAGUGGAGGACAGGGAUGGACCUGUUACUGAAGCUGAAGUUCUAGUCGAUGAGGUUCCAGCGGUGCCGUCCUACAUAUCAGACCGCUACAAGGUGGGACGCAUGUUAGGCGACGGAAACUUUGCAGUCGUCCGAGAAUGUGUGGAGCACUCCACAGGACGGGAGUACGCUCUGAAGAUCAUCAACAAGGGCAAAUGCAGAGGCAAGGAGCACAUGAUCCAGAACGAGGUAGCCAUCCUCCGCAGGGUCAAACAUCCAAACAUCGUCCUGCUCAUAGAAGAGGUGGACACCUACAGCGAACUCUAUCUGGUCAUGGAGCUGGUCAAGGGGGGAGAUCUGUUCGAUGCCAUCACCUCUGCCAACAGGUACACUGAGAGAGACGCCAGUGGCAUGCUCUACAAUCUGGCCAACGCAAUCAAAUACCUCCACAGCCUCAACAUUGUGCACAGAGACAUCAAACCAGAAAACCUGCUGGUUUAUGAGCAUGCGGACGGCAGCAAAAGCCUUAAACUGGGAGACUUUGGUUUGGCGACUGUGGUGGACGGCCCCCUCCACACUGUCUGCGGGACCCCGACAUAUGUAGCACCUGAAAUCAUCUCAGAAACAGGUUAUGGCCUUAAGGUGGACAUCUGGGCAGCUGGAGUCAUCACCUACAUCCUGCUGUGUGGUUUCCCACCCUUUCGAGGGAGCAGUGACGAUCAGGAAGUGCUUUUUGAUCAGAUACUAAUGGGACAGCUAGAAUUUCCCCUACCGUACUGGGACAACGUGUCAGAAACAGCCAAGGAGCUGAUUCGAUCCAUGCUGGAGGUGGAGGUGGAUCAGCGAUACACUGCCCUCCAGGUGCUAGAGCACCCUUGGGUCACUGAUGAGGGUCUCUGUGAGAAUGAGCAUCAGUUGUCAGUAGCAGGGAAGAUAAAGAAGCACUUCAACACCAGUCCGAAGGGCAACGACACCACUGCAGGAGUGUCGGUCAUUUCUUUGGACGACAGCUUUUCUAUGCAGAGAUCUGGGUCGUUGGAUUUCUACCAGCACCCGGCCAUGUACUGGAUAAGGCCACCCCUCUUGAUAAGGAGGGGCAGGUUCUCAGACGAGGACGCCACCCGAAUGUGAAGCCACUGCCUUUGCAGAUGAUGCUAACAGUGACAACAGUAACAACAUCAACAACACAAACACUACAGGCGGAGCCUCCCAGUUGCCUCCCUGGCCUGCCCAUGGCCCUUUCCUCUUUGACCCCUGACACUUGCUCUGACCCUUCCCUGAACCUCAACCUCCCAUCUGACUCUGAUGACAUCUCCAUCAGCUCAGCCAGUAUCGUCUAUUCCCCUAACUCGCCCUUCUAGAGAGGAGGCGGAGGGGACGAGGAGGAGGGGGAAGAAGAAGAAGAAGCAAGGAGGGAAAAUCCUCAUCCAGCUCCUCCCUCUAUAUGUAGGAGGAGGAGGAGGAGGAGGAGGAGGAGGAGGAGAUGUCAGCCUCCCCACAGUUCUUUUCUAAGGCUGGGGGUGAACAGGGGAUAUAUCUUUCCAAACUUGGAGGAGUGAUCGAUCAAAGGAUGAAGAGAAGAAAAAGUGGAUUGAGAGGUUGAGAGAAAGAGGCAUCAAGAAACAGAAGAAUGAGGCAAAAUACUUUUUUAUUUAUUUGUUUUCAACGUUCUCUCAUCUGAGCACAUGUUGCAGAGCUCAAGGAGCGAGAAAGGGGCGACAGUACCGUUUACCCUUCUGUGAUGAUUUAAGCUCGACAUGGAAACUUCCUUAUGAUGGAGCAGCUUUACAAGGCAAUAUGAGAAUAUGGACCAAUGUUCAUGUUUUAUUGAACCUUAUUCAUUCAUUUAGUCACAGCAUUUUUUUAAUAUGUAUUUCCCUUUUUCAUAAAGAAUACGUCUUUGUUGGAUUGUCCUAAGAGCUUGGAGGAACGAAAAUAUGGAAAAAGUGUGUAGAAGUAGGUUAACAGAGGCUAAUGUGGGGAAUUGAGAGCGACAAUGCGUAGAGAAGAGGUGUUUUUCUUACAAAAGUGUUAAAUACAGUGUGCGGGAUAAUGAUCAAAGGCAGGAUUUGUGCUAUAAUUCUGUGCACCACACAGUAUUGGCGUUGCCUUCCUGUAAUGUUGGAUUGCAGUUUUACAGUUUACAUUUGACAGAGACUGCUAUUAAGACAUAAUGGUGCAUUUGAUCCUUGUAAUUAUGUUAACUGCUUCAUCCAUGACAUGAUACAUGAUAUACACAAAAUUCAGCAGCAUUUGGGUGCUUGUGUAGCAAACUCAACAUUUUGUCUUCAUAGGCACAGUUUCACAAUCAUUCUGAAUUGAUAUCAUAUUAAUCUUGAUAUUUUGUAAUGCUCAUGUAUACAUAUAAAGCCUGGUUUACAUAUGUUUCAUAUGUAAACACUGAAGACAUAUUUCAUCCACAUAUUCCAGCAGUUAAGAAAGAUGUAAUUGUUGCAGCCGUGUACCAUUUGUAUGUGUUUGGAGAACUGUUUUCGGUGGUAAAUGAACACAAUUAGCAGUUUAUGAAUGCUGCCUAUUUGCACAAAGUCCUGCAGUCUAUGUGCAGUCAAACAGAGAGAAGACAGUUUGGAUGCCAGAGAACCAGCAGCACUCCUGAAAGCACUCCUAAUUUCUGCUCUGUACAACCUCAUUCAUGACUUCAUUUAUUCAGAUGAAAGCAUGACAGACAUACAGUAGCCUAUUCUUACAUAAAAAUGGUUUUGUGAUGAAGUAUUGUUUAUAUGUUAUGUAAAUAACAUAAUUUCAUUUAUUUUGAUAGUUCACAAUACAGUAUAUUUAUUUACUAGUAAUGAGUCUAUGAAAAAUGGGGGGGAAAAAAACAUUCAUAUAUGUCUAUCUACAAAAUAACCGAGAAGAGAUCAUCAGGUCAAAAUGAAACAAUACAUCCAUGAGUUGAAAAAGACCAUUUCAACCUGAUCCCACUUGGAUGGAUGUAGACACAUCUAGAGUCCAACACCUUUGCUUCUGUCAGCCACUGGGAAUGAUGUCACUUCCUUUGCAACAGCAAACGAAAAAGGGAUUUCCAGUAAUUGAUGUGAGAUAACGGACAAGCCAGAGGAGUAAGAAUAGCGAUUUCCUUUAGAUUUUUAGGGAUGAUCUGCAAUGGUCACACUUGUCUGUAUUUAUUCUUAUCAUAAAACAUAUACAGUAAUGUGCCACCAUAUUGACCAGAUCAGUAGGAAUUUGUCGAGCUGUUGAAAUCCACUCACUCACUCCGGCACAUGUGGUUUACCAAAGUGCUCUCACAGCUGCACUACAGUAUUACAACCUGUUGCAAUACCAAUACCUGUACCUCUGUUAAACAAUGGUGUAUUAAUAAUAGUAAUAAUUAAAAUUGGUUU